ACAGAUACCAAUGAUGGCAGUUGGCUAUAUAUUGGGAUACUGGGUCUAGCUCUUCAGUUUGCAACUCUCCUGACACAUUAAACUACUCGCGGUCAUCCACACUCCUAGCUCAAAAUGAAGGUCCUGAUCUUGUUGGCUCUCGUUGUUGUCGCUGCUCAUGCAAGCAGUAGUCAGCCAAAAGGAUGCAAUGACUAUAUGUGCAUGAUGUUCUGUGAAAAUGGCUUUUCCAGGGAUGCGAAUGGAUGUUUCGAGUGCAAAUGCAACACAAAUUUCGACCAUUGCGCUAAAGCUCCUUUGUGCAUGAUGUAUUGUGAGAAUGGCUUCAGAAGAGGACUCGACGGCUGCUUUGACUGCAAAUGCAACGCCAACCUCGAUCAUUGUAAGAACAGAGUCAUGUGCGCGAUGUAUUGCGAGAAGGGUUUCGUGAAGGGAAUGGAUGGCUGCGACAUCUGUAAAUGUGCAUAGAUCUGUCCAAGCAGUCGUACCUUUAACUGUAACAUCACGAAUUGAGGUCAAAUAAAUUAAAUUAAAUUAUCAUA